AUCUCAUCAGAGAUCAGGACACCCAGAUCCAGGAGCUGAGGGAGCAGGUUUCCACCCUGUCUCUGAACAGUGAACAGAUGCAGAAUCAGAUCACACAGCAGCAGUCCCAGAUCCAGCAACACAAAGACCAGUACAACAUCCUCAAGCUGAAACUAGGUAAAGACAGCCAGGGUCUGUCCUCCAGCCAGGGAGAGGGAGCUCACGUUAACGGGCUCCACUCAGAGGAGCUGAGCCAGCUCAGAGAGGAGGUGGAGGAGCUCCGCAGACAACACACACUACAACACACACAGCUCAGCGACAAGGACUCACUCAUCAACACACUGAGGUGCGGGGCGGCAGCAGCAGCACAGACAGCAGAAGGUGGAGCGGGAGGGUCUGACAACACAGAGCUUCUCGGGGAGGUGGAGUCGUUGAGGAGUCGUGUCCAGGCUCAGUGUGCAGAGAUCAGCCAGCUGCAGACAGAGAGACUGGAGCUCAUCAGGAGAGCUGAGGCAGUGUCCUCGGCCCCGGCCUCCAGCAGUGAGAGCUCGGCAGACACAGUUACAGUAUCUGAACUGGAGAGCAGGCUGGCUGCUCAGACCACAGAGGCAGAGAGACUUAAGGAGGAGUGUCGGGGCCUGAGGGAGGGCCAUGCGGGGCUGGAGCAGCAGUUGGCGUCGGCCCAGAGCACGGUGGCCAUCGAGCAGACGGAGAAGACCAAGCUGCAGCAGGAGGUGCAGGAGUCCAAGAAGGAACAGGACGACCUCCUCAUGCUGCUGGCCGACCAGGACCAGAAGAUCCUCAACCUCAAGCAACGUCUCAGAGACCUGGGAGAGACGAUUGAUGAAGACGAAGAUGAGCUAGACGCCCGGGACCAAUUCGGUGAAGAUGACGACGAUGAUGAUGAGGAUGAAGAUAACAAUGACUAGAGAGUUCUAGAGGGAUGGAAAUGUGGCAGACUCGAGGCAACAAAGACAUUGCUGCAUUAGCCAUGUUGUUCUAAUACACUAUUAGAAAAAUGGAAGAAUGGACCGAGAUGGAUUGCUCUCUAUCACUCCAACCCACCAUGCUACCUUCUUCUUUACUCCACCCCUCCCUUCAUCCCUCGAUCGCGUCAUCCAUUUUAAUGUUUAGUUCAUUUUAUUACAAGAUGGUGACAAAGAUCCCCCCCCCCCCCCUCCCCAAAGAAAUUUGCAGUGUGUUCAUCUCUGCCAUCUUCUACCACAUAAACAGCAGAGAGACACUUCUUCAUGCAUUUCAGGCCUUUUUGUUUCUGCUACAGUAGCGCCAUGUUAGGCCUAUGCAGUUAUUGAUUCAAUAACCAGGCUUAGUCUCGACUCUACCACACAGUGUCUCCACUCAGAGGAACGAGCAGAAUUAGAGAAAAUAACGGGUGGCGAAGACGGACGAAUGUACGGACACCACGCAGUCGGACGAACGGAUGCCCUCUUUGACCGCCUCUUUCGGUACCAUGGUAACUGCACUGUAGACCACCAGUUGAAGACCUGUAAGGGUCCUUGAGGCUCAGCGUACUCGAUGACCCCCCCCCCCCCCAAAUGUAUCUGUGUAUACACUCUCCCUCUUGGCACCAGUUCAGUCAGUGUUCUAUCAUAACUGUUUCCAAUAUGAGCUUGACCCCUCAGCUACAGUACUGCUCUGCAAUAUGCUGCAACGUUCGCUGAUAGAAAAAGAUUGAAAAGAGAUAUUUUUGCAACUUUUGGCAAGUGACCUGACGCCCAGCUUCUCUGUGUGAUUGUUGUAACUUAUCAAUUUAUGAGCCACAUUGAAAUAAAUAAAAUAUAAAUCUGUACAGCUUGUAGGAAUACUUGUGAAUACUUACUAUACACUUUGACUAAAUCUGUUUCAUUGAUGAAAACGAGGAAUUUUUCAUUUCACUUCAACAGUAUUUUAUGUAAUUUCAAUAGUGGUGUUAACUUUAGAAGUAGCUGAACUUUUUAAACCAACAUUUAAACCAACUGAACUACUAAAGUAGCUCUAUAAACCCACAGGGCUGGUUUCUGCCUGUUAUUUUAAAGACUUAAGUUUCCUCAUAUUUUUGCCUAUUGAUUCUAUACAUAUUACAUUAGCCUUAUGCCAAAGUGAAUUCUUUGUGUGAAUACAUACUGAUUCUGAAUAGAGACAUUUGACCAUAAUUGUUGAUAUAAGAAAUAUUGACCAUCCAUCUGGGUUCCGCUUUCAAACUUUUUGUGUUUGAAGAAUGAGAUGUAAAAAUGUAUUUCACUUCAUAGCUCUAAUGAAUUUCACAGUUUUGGUGUGAAGCGCUUUAGUAACAUUAUAAGCUAGGAGAAAAUAGCCUGAAAUCCAAAUUCAUGUGCUCUGUUUUCCUAUUGAGCAUAUCAGUUAGGAUGGCUGGCUAAAGAGAAAGACUACAGUACUUCAAAAUUUGCAAUAUGGAGUUUCUAUCGCAUUUACUAGGGAAAGAAUUAAAAAUAUUUAGCUUUUGCAAUAUUGAAUUUAAGUUGCAUUUUUUUUUUGUUCCUUUUCGGACAAGUCACAAUAACAUCCAGAUCUAGACCCCUAAUUUGAACAGUGCCGUUGUUUGUGUCUGGCCUCUGCAUAAAGUUUAAGUUUUUUGAUUAACUGCA